CCUACUAGUACAACACCUGUGGUGUUUUGUACCUUAAUGGAACCGUGGAACGGCAAUUUCGGCGGUCGUGGUCGAUAACGUUGUGGGCCGUAGGUGGAUCGCGCCCAUUGAGUUUCGUAAACUUGCAAAUGUCAAAUAUACGUGCGGCGGGAAAAUAGGCAUAUCUUACAUAUUACUAAACUAAAAUGUCUACUAGAUCUAAAAAGAAAUUAUCACCUGCUGAUACAAAAGAAUCACAAGUUAUUAAAAAACGAGUGGAAAACUCAUGGAUUCUUUUAGCAAAGGAAUCAUUACUCAAUAACACCAGUUUUAGUAUAAUAACUCUGCCUCAUCCUGCCCAUGGUGGUCCUGCAAAGUAUUGUUUAAAUGACUCUGACCACAAGAUUUAUGAAAUUGUAACAUUCAAAGAACCUUAUCGAUCUUGGUUUAUAGAAGAUACUGUCAAAUCUGAUGGGAGCUUGUUGAUGACCACUCCGAUAGAUCCAUUAUUUUUAGUGUUACCUAGAUUACGGGAACAAUGCAGCAAUAGAGCAAUUCCAUUAGAAGAUUUACUGUCUGAGAAGGGCUUUGAUAAAAUUCUUGACUUUGUUGUAAACCUAGAUAGGAUUGCUGAUUUAAAGGGUCCAGCUGACAUUAAAGCCUAUAAAUAUAAUGAAGAAAAGACUUUAAACUGGUUAGAAAGUAAAGUCCAUAAACUAGCAGAUUUUUUAAAGAAAAAAAACAUACAUGUCACAGCUGGUGCUGUAUCUGCAACAUUUGUGUCAAGUAGUGUUAACAACGACACUAUUGAUGAAGAAUUUUAUCUUAAAUACGCCAGUGGAAUUAUAUCUGAGUAUCUUCAAGAUGAUGUCAUAGAGAAAUUAGAAAAGCGGUUUGAUUUCAAAACAGAACUAAUAGAAUAUGUUGGUAAUAAAAGGAAAUCCGAGGUCGAAAGUAGUGAGACAAAUAAAAGGAUUAAACAUGAAAACAAUGGCGAUUCUGAAGAUAUCAAAGUUCCUGUUAACAAUCAAGCACCGGAAACAAAGAAGCCUAAAACAUUAACAGCAAAAGAAAAAGCGAGACAAAAAGCUGCUAGUGGAACUAAAACAAUAUCUUCUUUCUUUUGUAAAAAGUAAUGCUAUUACCUAUUUUUUUAUUAAAUCAGGAAUGAAUUACCUAUUAUAAUAAAUAAAGUAUGAAAAUUGUAGAA